AUGACCCAGGAACAAGCCCUGAUAAAGAGGACUAGGGAACCAGCGACCAAAAGAUUGAUAUUCUCCACAGAAUUUACCCCUGACAAAAUGGGUUUACCAAGGAAGACCCAAGACGAUUUAAGGACCCGGGUGGCUAACCACCGGUCAGCAAUACGCACUGCACUUCACAUUGGCAGUGCUGAGCAACCGGUGGCUAGACAUUUUCUUAUGCACCAACAUAAUGUGUCUGAUCUCAGGUAUAUAAUCAUUGACCAUAUCCCGGUAUCCUCCAGAGGCAUAUCGGAACCAUCUUUUAUAGCAAAAAAUGAGGAUCGAUUAUUCAAGUAUUUAUUUCAACAGCAAGAUUACCAAAAAUGGGUCCGUCCUGUUGAGCAGUUGAACGACACUUUGAAAGUGAAGUUUGGCCUUGCAAUUACACAGCUUGUGGAUGUAGAUGAAAAAAAUCAACUUAUGACUACAAAUGUUUGGUUAAAACAGGAAUGGAUUGAUGUCAAAUUAAGAUGGGAUCCCAAGGAGUUUGCUGGCAUAACCACUAUCCGUGUCCCCUCAGAUUCUAUCUGGAUUCCUGAUAUUGUUCUGUAUGAUAAUGCUGAUGGACGUUUUGAAGGUUCUGUGACAAAAGCUGUAGUGAAACAUGAUGGUACCAUUAACUGGACUCCACCUGCUAAUUAUAAAAGUUCAUGUAUAAUAGAUGUAACAUUUUUUCCUUUCGAUCUUCAAAACUGUUCUAUGAAAUUUGGCUCUUGGACCUAUGAUGGCUCACAAGUUGACAUAUUACUAGAAGAUUUUGAUGUAGACAAGAGAGAUUUCUUUGAUAAUGGAGAAUGGGAAAUUGUAACUGCUACGGGCAACAAAGGAAAUAGAACAGAUGGAUGCUGCUGGUACCCCUCUAUUACUUACUCAUUCAUUAUAAGACGUUUGCCUCUUUUUUAUACUCUUUUUUUAAUAGUACCUUGCAUAGGGCUUUCUUUCUUAACCAUACUCGUUUUUUAUCUCCCUUCAAAUGGAGGAGAAAAAAUCUCUCUCUGCACGUCUGUUCUGGUAUCUUUAACUGUUUUUUUACUUGUGAUUGAAGAAAUUAUUCCUUCAUCUUCUAAGGUCAUACCUCUUAUUGGAGAAUAUUUAGUAUUUACUAUGAUAUUUGUUACAUUAUCUAUUGUUAUAACCGUUUUUGCUAUAAAUAUUCAUAACCGUUCCUCUGCAACACACAAUGCAAUGGCACCUUGGGUACGGAAGAUAUUUCUACACAAACUUCCUAAACUGUUAUGCAUGAGGAGCCAUGUUGAUAGAUACUUCACAAGAAAUGAAGACAUGGGAAUGUCCAAUGGACCAGAAUCGUCUAGAAGUACCUUAGAAGGAGCUUUGGAUUCAAUCCGUUAUAUAACAAGACAUGUAAUGAAAGAACAUGAAGUUCGUGAGUUAGAGAUGCGUCUUAUGGCCACAUUUGCAGUAUUUGCGUUUAAUAUUCUUGCAAUCAUAACCUCUAACAAAAGUAGUUUUGCAAAUGCAACUCCAUCUUUACAUUUAGCAGAAUCUCACUUCAACAGACAGUUGACCAACCACAUGCACAAUCUCAGUCAAAAGGUGGACUUACUCAGUCAAGGUCUAAGAGAACGUCAAGUGGAAAAUGAUGCUCUCAAGAAUAUCCUUAAAGACACAACUUCUCAAACCGCAGAUUUAUUCCUACAAAAUAUUCGCUUUACUCCUGCAGAGAAGAAUUAUGACAUGGGUAAUCGUGAACUCUUAGCCAUUAAGCUGGCUCCUGUUGCAGCGAUCACCAGGAGCCAGUCAGCAAGGAUUACCAAUACAGAACCUGUCAUCCCCCUGCAUUUGGGACAGUUCCAGAGGUCUCUGCGGAGACCAAGCCGGGUGCAGGGACCUCUCAACUUAUUCUGUGAGGGAUGGGAAGGGGAGACUAUCACUACUGAUGUGUCUGUGAUCCAGUAUGUGGUAGAUCUCAGAGACUGGUUGGAAUCGCUUAUGGGGUUGGCACAGGCUAAUCUCAGGGUGACUCAGACCAAAAAGAAAGCUUGA